CAUUCACACCUGACAACACCCAAAUCCUCUCACCAGUCCAACCCUAAGCAACCCCAGACAUCACCAUGUCCGGCUCCUGCUGCGGCUCCACCUGCUCCUCCUCGGGCUGUGGGGGAGGCUGCUGCCAGCCCUGCUGCCAGCCCUGCUGCUGCCGCGACCCCUGCUGCUGCCGCCCCGUGUCCUGCCAGACCACCGUGUGCCGCCCCGUGACCUGCACCUGCCGCUGCACACGCCCCAUCUGUGAGCCCUGCCGCCGCCCUGUCUGCUGUGACCCCUGCUCCCUGCAGGAGGGCUGCUGCCGCCCCAUCAGCUGCUGCCCCACGUCCUGCACGGCCAUAGUCUGCCGCCCCUGCUGCUGGGCCUCCACCUGCUGCCAGCCCAUCUCUGUGCAGGCGCCCUGCUGCCGCCCCCCCUGCUGCCAGCCUGCCCCCUGCCGCACCACCUGCAGGACCUCCCCCUGCUAUAAAAAUGUUGCCCACCACAACCACAGGAACUGGCCAAGACCUAUAAAAGGCAGGGAACAAGCAGCUCUAACUCAGAAACUCCACCAAGCAACCCAGCUCCUGACCAUGGCCUGCUGCUCCACUAGCUUCUGUGGAUUCACAUGCUCCACCAGUGGGAACUGUGGCUCCAGCUGCUGCCAGCCCAGCUGUUGCCAGACCAGCUGCUGCCAGCCAACUAGCUGCCAGCCCAGCUGCUGCCAGCCCAGCUGCUGUGGGACUGGCUGCGGCACUGGUGGUGGCCAGGAGGGUGGCGUGAGCUGCCGAGUCAGGUGGUGCCGCCCUGACUGCCGCGUGGAGGACACCUGCCUGCCCCCCUGCUGCGUGGUGAGCUGCACGCCUCCAACCUGCUGCCAGCUGCACCAUGCCCAGGCCUCCUGCUGCCGCCCAUCCUACUGUGGACAGUCCUGCUGCCGCCCAGCCUGCUGCUGCUACUGCUGCCAGCCCAGCUGCUGCCAGCCCAGCUGCUGUGAGCCCACCUGCUAAAAACCUUCUAAAGGAAUCCUGAGAAACUGGCACUUCAAAACGAGCCAAUGGAGAGUCCCAACAAACUUCUGAGCUCAAUACCCAUAACUCAGCUUGCAAACUCUUGUCACAUGGCUACAUAAUUUUCCUAAAAUGUGAAUUUAUAAUCAAAGACCAAAAAUAUUUCAUAAACCUGGAUAUGAAUAGAAGUCCUACAAUGUUAGGAGGAAUAUGUAAAGCUUUACUAUAAAUAUCAUCUGAAAUAGUUCAACAGUUCAUUGGAUUUGGGAUUUAAUAAAAUUUUUAU